AUGGCUGCGUCUUUAAAGCUUCUUGGAUAUUUCUUGAGAUGGGCACUGACAUUUAACGACCAUAGAAAGACAAAACGGGUAGAAGAACGGCAGCCAAGAGAGACUUCCACAACUCUAAAAAUUCCGCUGCGAGGCCAUCUCGACGCUAGGCUUGACUGUCAUGUGACGGCACAGUUAGAUGACAAGGUCGCAUUAGUGACUCAUGCAUCUCCUUCCAGUACCAAUUCAACGAUAAAAUCCAAUUCAGAUGAGGUGUUGGGGUAA